AUGAAAUCGCUUCUUCGCUCGAUACGAUCCAUUUCCUAUCGAAACAGCAAAGCAGCAACAAUCACUCUUGAAAAGGAUUUUCCUGGAGUCUACUCACUGCUCCAUCCUGCUUUUCAGCAAGAGUUUGGAAAAAGAGCGAUUCCUGCAAGUACAGUUCUGUUGUGGAAAUGUCCGAACGGACCGGAUCACGAGUGGAAAAUGACUAUUUCUGAAGUGGUGGCUGGCUAUUUGCACAACCAGUCUCAUCGUAGCAGGCUUUCGUUUAUUCUCGACCUUUCGAUUCGUUUUCCUGAAAUUGCAGGCGAAUGGGAUGAUUCACGAAAUCAAAAUUCGCCACUGAGUCAAAUUACGUACGGUUCUACGAAGCAAGCAUGGUGGAAAUGUCACAACCACGCUGAUCACUUCUUUCAAACCUCUCCAAAUCGCAGAACCGACAACUUACAGUCAUGUCCCUAUUGUCUUGGAUACAAACCUUCCGCUUCCACCAGCUUCCAAAGUCUUUAUCCAGCUCUCGCGAAAGAGUGGGAUCAAGAAAAAAACGAGUAUCACCCCGAUCAGUUCAAUGCAAAAUCGCGCUAUGAAGCAUGGUGGAAGUGUAGGAACGGUCAUUCUUGGAAAGCAUCCAUUUAUAAUCGAACCCAACGAAAUCUUCGCUGCCCCAAAUGCAGAGACGCAGGAACGAUCUCGCUCUCUGCUCGCUGUUCUGAGCUUCUUCGAAACUGGGACUAUCAGAACAACGAGGUUUCAUGCGAAGCUGUAGCGAUAGGAAGCGAAGCGAAAUACUAUUGGAGGUGCUCUAAAUGCCACAGUUCAUUCCGAGAAUCUGUGGAUGUAAUCGUGUCGAAUUUUUUUGAAGGAAGGCCAUGUCUAUGCAAGAAGUGUUUGUUGUAUGUUUGUUGA